GGAUGAAAUACGGCUGCCUAAUGACGUCGUCCCAGAACAUUAUAAUAUAACGAUCCACCCGGAUAUUGAAGACCAAACGCUCACCGGCCAAGUCACGAUCGAUUUGAGGGUGACCAACCAGACAUCAGUCAUCGUGCUGCAUGCGAGUCGCCUGAAUUUGUCGUCAUUCUACAUUAAUGUUAACAACAAGAAGGUUGACGCCGAACACACCUCCUGCAACCUGCUCCAGCAAUGGGCAUUCACCCUUGAGAAUCCAAUAGAGGAGGACGACGAGGUUGUGCUUGGAAUGGAGUACGACGGGAAAGUGUUGGCCGACAUGCAUGGGUUGUACAUCAGCACCCACCACGAUGUGAAAGGGAGGAGCUGGAAAUCAGUCGCGUCCCAAUUCGAGCCAACCCACGCCCGGAAGGCUUUUCCCUGCUUCGACGAGCCAAAUAUGAAAGCUACUUUCCAGCUCUCCGUCGUGCGCGGCCCUCACUACGUCACGCGCAGCAACAUGAACCUGCGCGUGAGCCGCGAGCGCGCCGAGGACGGCCUCUACAUCGAUGUUUUCGAACGUAGCGUAAAAAUGUCGACGUAUCUUCUGGCGGUGGCCGUGCUCGACAAUUACGAUUAUAUGAAGAGGUUGACAAAGUCGACGCAGGAGCCGAUUGAGGUCCGUCUCUACGCCCCUCGUGAUGUCCUGAAGGGCCAAGCCGAUUUCGGCCUAGAUGUUGCCGUUCGAGCGCUAGAAUAUUUUGAAGAUUACUUUAACAUUUCUUACCCUCUCGAGAAAGGCGCCAUGGAAAACUGGGGAUUGGUGACGUUCAGAGACUCCGCCCUGCUCUACAACGAGGAGACGUGCAGCACACUCAACAAGGAGCACAUAGCCUUGGUCAUUUGCCACGAGAUCGCGCAUCAGUGGUUCGGGAACCUGGUGACGAUGGAUUGGUGGAAUGAUUUGUGGCUGAACGAGGGAUUCGCGAAUUACAUGGAGUAUCGAUGUGUCGAUCACUUGUUCCCGUCGUGGAAUAUUAUGACCCGUUUCUACGCCGAAAACUCGGGCUCGGCCAUGGACCCGGACGGCUUGACGUCGUCUCGCCCCAUUAACGCUGGACUCCAAAAUACAACCAAUAUAAUGUCACUUUUUGACGCGAUUUCUUACCACAAGGCAGCCGCCAUCAUCCAUAUGCUUCAAGGCCUUGCCGGGGAAUGGUAUUUCCAGAAGGCCCUGAUCGAGUACCUCAACAAGUACAAAUACGACAACGCCAAGGGGGAAGAGUUGUGGAGGGUGGUUGAGAAGCACGCAUCACUUCCUCAUGGGGUUACCAUUGAGAAUCUGGCCGAGGCUUUUACUACCCAGGUCGGCUACCCAUUGGUGCAAAUCGGCUUGAUCAACAACGACGAGGAAAUCCUUGUUCAUAACCAGACCCGCUUCCUUUUCAACAAUGACGAUGAGGACGAGGAUGAUCUCGAGUGGCCAAUCCCAGUCCAUAUUAGAACUGAUGAGAAGGAUGAGGCGCAGCUCAAGUGGUUGAGGCCUGGGGAGCAGAAAGUGCACUGGCGUCUCGAUUCCCCUGCAAAAUGGGUGAUCGCGAAUACGGGAGGUGUCGGGUAUUUCAAGGUGCUCUACGAUAGGAAGAUUUACAAGGAGCUUGGCAAGCAGUUGGAGGGUGAUCAUACGGAAAUCUCAGCCAUCGACCGUACGAUGCUGAUCACUGAUGCCUUCGACUUCACCAAGGUCGGACUGCUCGACGUCUCGACGUAUAUGGACUUGAUACAGUAUGCCAAGGAUGAGCGAGACCGUAUGGCAUGGUCAGUCAUCAACCAGCAGUUGAAGCAGUUGGAGGACCUGCUGAGUGAGACCGACUAUUUGCAUCUAUUCCGGGACUUCCAACGUUCCCUGAUCGUCAAAAUCUACGAUGAGGUCGAUUGGGACGAUGAUGAGGAUGAUGAUAGUGAUUCGGAUGAGAAGGACCCCUCACGCACCGGAUUCCGCCAAACAAUCCUUACACUAGCUUGCCGCCUUGGACAUGGAGACUGUGCGAAGCAGGCGGUGAUCCGCUUCAACCAGUGGUCCGUGCUAGGCAAAAAAGCAGCCCCCGAACUCCAGAACGUCAUCUACGAAGAAGGAGUGAAAGCUGGAGAUACGGGCACCUGGGAAAAGACCUACGCCGCAUACCAAAAAGCGACAGCCCCCAACGAGAAGCAAAGCCUCAUGGAAGGGCUGGCCGCCACGAAGGACCCGAAACUCGUGCAUCGACUUUUGAGGAUGACCCUCGAUCCGAGCGCUAUUAAGGCAAACAACGUGCACCGUGCCUUCUCAGCCCUCGCCGAAAACGAGCUGUCCCGAACGGCCGCCUGGCGCUUCUUCAAGAUCAACUACGACGAGUUUGAGAAGCGGUUGGGCGCGGGCAGCAAUUUACUAUUCGCCUGCAUCCGCGGCCUGGUCGAGAAGACGAACACGCGCCACGAUCUCGACGAGUUGAAGGAGUUUUUGGCGGCGAAAAAGCUGGACAAUAAUAAGAUGAAAAUGCGGCAACUGUACGAGAACAUCGAAGUGAACAUCCAGUGGCGCGAGUUGAACGAGGACAAAUUUGAGGAAUACCUACACGAGUGGGACGAGCGACGCCGGCGAAUUCAUAGGCGGAGUAAAAAUCAA